GCUCUCAGCGGGGCCAGUGGGGCGGGGAAAGAAACCCAGAGCCGGCGUCUGGCACUCCCAGGACUCCCGGCCGGGGUCGCUCUUCACUCCUCAGCUCGACGUCGCGUCGAGUGCGCAAAAAGCUUCUAAGGGGUGUGGGGAGGUGAUCUCAUCCAUUAAGAGCUGUGUGUUGCCAAUUCCCAAAUCUUUAUCUCAGACUCCUCUCCUGCAUUCCAGAUUCUUAUAUUCAGCUGCCUUUUGGAUAUUUCUCCCAGGAUGUUCUCAAGGCAAACAAGAAUUAAAUUCUGAAUAAGUCUACAGGUAGGAUGGACACUUAUUUUAAAGCAGCUGUCAGUGACUUGGACAAACUACUUGAUGAUUUUGAACAGAACCCAGAUGAACAAGAUUAUCUUCAAGAUGUACAAAAUGCGUAUGAUUCUAACCACUGCUCAGUUUCUUCAGAGUUGGCUUCCUCACAGCUAACUUCAUUGCUCCCAAAAGACCAACAAUGCGCUAAUAGUUGUGCCUCAUCAGACAUAAGCUAUGAAACAAGUGAGAGUUCCCUGAAUGAAAAAACACUCACGGGACCUACUACUAUACAAAAUGAAAAAAAUGUAACAGGACUUGAUCUUCUUUCUUCUGUGGAUGGUGGUACUUCAGAUGAAAUCCAGCCUUUAUGUAUGGGACGAUGUAGUAAACCUAUCUGUGAUCUGAUAAGUGACAUGAGUAACUUAGUUCAUGCAACUAAUAGUGAAGAAGAUAUUAAAAAAUUACUGCCAGAUGAUUUUAAGUCUAAUGCAGAUUCCUUGAUUGGAUUGGAUUUAUCAUCGGUGUCAGAUACUCCCUGUGUUUCUUCAACAGACCAUGGUAGUGAUACUGUCAGAGAGCAACAGAAUGACAUCAGUUCUGAAUUACAAAAUAGAGAAAUCAGAGGAAUCAAAGAAUUGGGUACAAAAGUAGAUACACUUUCAGAUUCCUGUAAUUACAGUGGAACAGAAAAUUUAGAAGAUAAAAAGAUCUCUAAUCACUUAGAACCAAUUGUUGAUUUUAACACGUCAUCUGCUUUGACUCAACAAAGUUCCAAAAUGUUUGAUGCCGAAGACAAACUACAACAGAAAAGCCAGCCAUGUGAAUUACUGAAAGAUGAUGGCUUAGUAAAGGAGGAAGUAGAUGUGGAAGUCAUAAAUGCUGCAGAAUGUUUAAAAGAAGAGGGCAAGACAAAUGCUUUGUCCUGCAGCCCUCCAAAAACUGAAGAUUUAUGCUUAAGUGAUUUAAAUUCAAGAGUUGAAAAUUUCAAAUUACCUGACUUUUCCUUUCAGGAAGAUAAGACUGUUACAUUUAUAAAACAAUCUGCACAAGAAGACUCAAGAAAUUUAGACCUUACAGAUAAUGAAAUAAUCCAAGAUUCCUCUUCAGCUUUACAUGUUUCAAGUGAAGAUGUACUGUCCUCAUUGUCCUGUCUUUCGGUAUCUGGGACUGUGUGUGGAUCACUAAUUGAAAGUAAAGCACAGGGUGAUUUUUUACCUCAGUGUGAACAUAAAGAUAAUAUACAAGAUGCAGUGACUAUACAUGAAGAAAUACAGAAGAGUGUUGCUCUAGAUGGGGAACCAUUCGAGGAGACUGAUCUUUUGAAACAGGAAAAGUGUAAAAACAUACUUCUUCAGCCAUUCAUUGAAGGGAUGGAAAACAGAAAGGUAGAUCCUGACCAGACAGUAAUCAGAGUUGAGUCUUUGGAUGGUGGUGACACCAAUUCUACAGCUGUAGAAACUCAAGAAGUACUUUCUGGCACUAAUGUCCCAGAGUCUUCUGAUUGUCGUGAAGGUUUUAUUAAUACUUUUUCAAGCAAUGUUAUGGACGGGCAAGACUUAGAUUACUUUAAUAUUGAUGAAGGUACAAAAAGUGGCACACUCAUUAGUGAUGCUGAACUUGAUGCCUUUCUGACAGAACAGUAUCUUCAGACUACUAACAUAAAGUCUUUCGAAGAAAAUGUAAAUGACUCUAAGUCGCAAAUGAAUCAGAUAGAUAUGAAAGGCUUAGAUAACGGAAAUACCAAUAAUAUAUAUUUCAAUGCAGAAGGAGGAGCUAUUGGGGAAGGUCACGGUAUUAAUAUAAUUUGUGAAACAGUUGAUAAACAAGAUACAAUAGAAAAUGGCCUUUCUUUAGGAGAAAAAAGUACAAUUCUAAUUGAACAAGGGUUACCUACCAGUAAGUCUGAGAUUACAAAUGAAUUAUCAGUCUCUGAUAUUAAUAGUCAAUCUGUUGGAGGGGCCAGACCUAAGCAGUUGUUUAGCCUUCCAUCAAGAACAAGGAGUUCACAGGACCUGAAUAAGCCAGAUGUUCCAAAUACAAUAGAAAGUGAACCCAGCAUGGCAGAUAUCAUUGUUCCAGUCACUUGUACUAUAGAUUCUACAGCUGAGCCUCAGGUUAGCUUCAACUCUAAUUACAUCGAUAUAGAAAGUAAUUCUGAAGGUGGAUCUAGUUUUGUAACUGCAAAUGAAGAUUCUCUACCUGAAAACACUUGCAAAGAAGGCUUGGUUUUGGGCCAGAAACAGCCUACUUGGGUUCCUGAUUCAGAAGCUCCAAACUGUAUGAACUGCCAAGUCAAAUUUACUUUUACAAAACGGCGACACCAUUGUCGAGCAUGUGGGAAAGUAUUUUGUGGUGUCUGUUGUAAUAGGAAGUGUAAACUGCAAUAUCUAGAAAAGGAAGCAAGAGUAUGUGUAGUCUGCUAUGAAACUAUUAGUAAAGCUCAGGCAUUUGAAAGGAUGAUGAGUCCAACUGGUUCUAAUCUUAAAUCUAACCAUUCUGAUGAAUGUGCUACUGCCCAGCCUCCUCAGGAAAACCAAACAUCCAGUAUACCUUCACCAACAACUUUGCCAAUCUCAGCACUUAAACAACCAAGUGUUGAAGGACUAUGCUCCAAAGAACAGAAGAGAGUAUGGUUUGCAGAUGGUAUAUUGCCCAAUGGUGAAGUUGCAGAUACAACAAAAUUAUCAUCUGGAAGUAAACGAUGUUCUGAAGACUUUAGUCCUCUCUCACCUGAUAUGCCUGUGAUAGUAAACACAGCGGAUCAUUCUCAUUCUACUGCAGUGGAAAAGCCAAACAAUGAGAUGGGAGAUAUUACAAGAAAUGAGAUAAUUCGGAGUCCUAUUUCUGAGGUUCCAUCAGUGGAAAAAUUGCCUGUAAACACAGGAAAUGAGGGGUUACCUACUUCUAGUUCAUUUAUACUAGAUGAUGAUGUUUUUGCAGAAACUGUAGAAUCAUCUAGUCCCACUGGUGUCUUAGUUAACAGCAAUUUACCUAUUGCUAGUAUUUCAGAUUAUAGGUUACUGUGUGGUAUUAACAAGUGUGUUUGCAAUAAGAUUAGUCUUCUACCUAAUGAUGAGGACAGUUUACCCCCACUUCUGGUUGCAUCUGGAGAAAACGGAUCAGUGCCUGUAGUAGAAGAACAUCCAUCUCAUGAGCAGAUCAUUUUGCUUCUUGAAGGUGAAGGAUCUCCUCCUGUUACAUUUGUCCUAAAUGCUAAUCUACUCGUGAAUGUCAAAUUCAUAUUUUAUUCCUCAGACAAAUACUGGUACUUCUCAACCAAUGGAUUGCAUGGCUUGGGACAGGCAGAAAUUAUUAUUCUAUUGUUAUGUUUGCCAAAUGAGGAUACUAUUCCUAAGGACAUCUUCAGACUAUUUAUCACCAUAUAUAAGGAUGCUCUAAAAGGAAAAUACAUAGAAAACUUGGACAAUAUUACCUUUACUGAGAGUUUUCUCAGUAGCAAGGAUCAUGGAGGAUUUCUGUUUAUUACACCUACUUUUCAGAAAGUUGAUGAUCUCCCGUUACCAAGUAAUCCUUUUCUUUGUGGAAUUCUUAUCCAGAAGCUUGAGAUUCCCUGGGCAAAGGUUUUUCCUAUGCGUUUAAUGUUGAGAUUGGGUGCAGAAUAUAAAGCAUAUCCUGCUCCUCUAACAAGUAUCAGAGACCGAAAACCUCUUUUUGGAGAAAUAGGACACACUAUUAUGAACUUACUUGUGGACCUUCGAAAUUACCAGUAUACUUUGCAUAAUAUAGAUGACCUAUUGAUUCAUAUGGAAAUGGGAAAAAGCAGCAUAAAAAUACCACGAAAAAAGUACAGCGAUGUAAUGAAAGUACUAAAUUCUUCUAAUGAGCAUGUCAUUAGCAUUGGAGCUAGUUUCAGUACAGAAGCAGAUUCUCAUCUAGUCUGUAUACAGAAUGAUGGAAUGUAUCAAACACAGGCCAACAGUGCCACUGGCCAUCCUAGAAAAGUGACAGGUGCAAGUUUUGUGGUAUUCAAUGGAGCUCUGAAAACAUCAUCAGGAUUUCUUGCUAAGUCCAGCAUAGUUGAAGAUGGCUUAAUGGUACAAAUAACUCCAGAGACCAUGAAUGGCUUGCGGCUAGCUUUACGAGAGCAGAAAGACUUUAAAAUUACAUGUGGGAAAGUUGAUGCAGUAGACCUGAGAGAAUACGUGGAUAUUUGCUGGGUAGAUUCCGAAGAAAAAGGAAACAAAGGUGUUAUCAGUUCAGUGGAUGGAAUAUCAUUACAGGGAUUUCCAAGUGAAAAAAUAAAACUGGAAGCAGAUUUUGAAAGUGAUGAGAAGAUUGUAAAAUGUAGUGAGGUGUUCUACUUUCUAAAGGACCAGGAUUUAUCUAUUUUAUCAACUUCUUAUCAGUUUGCAAAAGAAAUAGCCAUGGCUUGUAGUGCUGCGCUGUGCCCUCACCUGAAAACUCUAAAGAGUAAUGGGAUGAAUAAAAUUGGACUCAGAGUUUCCAUUGACACUGAUAUGGUUGAAUUUCAGGCAGGAUCUGAAGGUCAACUUCUGCCUCAGCGUUAUCUAAAUGAUCUUGAUAGUGCUCUGAUACCUGUGAUCCAUGGUGGGACCUCCAACUCUAGUUUACCAUUAGAAAUAGAAUUAGUGUUUUUCAUUAUAGAACAUCUUUUUUAGUGAAAGAUUGAGCCAUAUUAUAUAUUGCAACCUGAUUUGUUAAAACUAACUCCAGCACUAAAGCUGAAAUGCCACAAACACUAAAAGUAUAAAUAUGUCUGAUUUUUGAAACACGUAAGCUUUGCGCUUUAGGCAGGAAUGAGCUUUUCAAAUCAUUAGCACAAUAUUUAAAUAGCUAAAAGUUUAAAAGAUCCAUGAUUUUUGAAGCUUUACAAUUAAUUUAAGUACUAAAAAGACAAGGAUUUCUUUUAAGAAAUUUGUAGCAUUUACUGUGUUAUUUAAAUGCUAAGCCAAAGUAUCUGCACUUAGGUAUACCUCUUUAUGUCAAUGAUGAUUUUAAUGAAGGCUCUCUUCAGAUGUAACCUUAUGAAGGAAAUGUCUGUUUUCUGUAUAUGCCAGUUAGAAUACUGGUUUCUAAAGUCUGUCAAAAUUGUAUUUCAGUGGCACAAAAACCAGUUUUGAAAUCUUAGACUUGUAAUUCUUUGAAUAAAGCUGAUAACUUAUUUGUAUAAUUGGAGUGGAGACCUACCUCCAUAAUUAGAUAAACUCUUUUUAGAUUAAAAAUUUGCCUUUUUUCUUCUCAAAUUAUACAUAUAUAUGUAUUAUAUAUCCAUAUAUAUAUAGUUUUUCCUGAUUAAAUGGAUCUUAAAAUAAUGUGGGUGCUUCAGGAUUUUUUGCUUCUAUAUUUAAGUAUAUUGUUUUUAUAGCAAGAACAUAUUAUUCUGAAUGUGUUUUAUAAAACUUUAAUAACUUGUAUAUAAGCAAUAUUUUUGUAUCAUAGUACAUUAUUUUUUUCCUCCUUUUCUUCCAAAGUAUACCAUUGUAUUUACCACUUAUGAGUGUGACUGUCGACAGGCCAGAUGACCCUUGAAGUAGACAUUAUGUAGCAAUAAAUGAAGCCUGAAACAGGUUUUUUUACUUCCACUUUAAUCCUUAGAUAUUUCUUGGCAACUCCGCAUAUUUUCAUUGACACCAAUGUUAAGUAUAAAUUUAAAUGAACUAAUUACUUUUGCAUAUUUUAAAUUGUUUAUAUGGUAGUUAUUUUUUAUAACAGGAUAUUAACAUAAGUUAAAUUCUAUGUAUUUGAAAUUGUUACAGAGCUUUCCUCUUUACUUCAAACAGCAAAAAAAGGGGAGCAUAUUGUAGUCCUGUCAUUUAAGUUAUAUAAAAAAUUUAAUCAUUAUUUUGAUGCUUUAAACAUUCUUAUGUGUAAUAUAUGUUUUUGUAUCAAAAACACUCAUAUAUUUCAAGAAAAACUAUGCUAAAUAACCCUGUUUUAAGAAAAAUAUUUAUGAAGCAUCUCAACUUGAAGAUCAAGUCAGAGUUAUAACUCAGGAUUUAAGGUCUCAAGCUAGGAGAGACUGAGAAUGUUCAUCAGUUUGGGCAUAUAGUUUGUACUGAAUCACAUCUAUAAUACUAGCCAAAGACAAUUGGGAGGAGGAUAUCAGCCUUCUGAAAGUGGCUAAUUCAUGAACAAUGUAAAGUGUUGCAGAUAUUCAAUAAAAUGGCAACCUGUUAUAAUUUGUGAAAUUUAUUGAAAUGGUGUAAGAUGAAAACCCAAUUUAUGUUUUCUUAAUAUAGUGUACAUAUUGUGCCAUGUAAGUAAUUGCACAGUCUUAAAAUAACCAAAUGGUGCAGGGCUCUUCCAUGAUGGGAUAGCUUUAGAUUUGUUUUCAUAAAAUCUCAACAUUCAAUAAAAUUUGGAAUGAUGUGCCUCAAGUUUGGAGGCACAUUUUGAAGUAUUCUUUGCAGAUGUAUAUAUAGUAUGUUUCUGAAUGUGUUUGUUACUUAUUUGGUCAUUGGUACUUAAUUCGAAAUUUUAGUUUUUUAAGAGUGAAAAAAUAGAAUCGUUCUUUGUACUCAGUCUGCAAUGAUCUAUUUUUGGCUUAUCUUUUAAUACUACUCUCUUUCUCUGAAUUUUGAAAUAUGAAGUAAAAUCUAGCCCAUUUGUUUUA